CUCUCCUGCUCGGCGGAUCCGUCAAAACCGAAACCCCACAACAGCGGCCGAGAUUUCCUUCAAUCGGAACCCUAGUACCAACUCUUCCAACCCUCAUCCUAACUCUCUGAAAAAAAAAACAUGGAGCCGGUAGGUCUAUCUUCUGCGAGCAGUAAAGAUUCGACAAGCUUGGAUGUUGGGUCUGAGAGAACCCUGUACCCAUAUGUAACCGGUACUUCAGUAUUAGGCGUGAAAUAUAAAGAUGGAAUUGCCUUGGCUGCUGAUUUGGGAGGAUCUUAUGGAUCUACUUUACGGUACAAGAGUGUGGAGCGUAUAAAAGCUAUUGGUAAACAUACUCUUCUUGGAGCAAGUGGAGAAAUUAGUGAUUUUCAGGAGAUCUUGCAUUAUCUUGAUGAGCUUAUCCUGUAUGAUAACAUGUGGGAUGAUGGAAACUCGCUGGGUCCUAAGGAGAUUCACAACUAUCUGAAUCGGGUGAUGUACAAUAGACGCAACAAAUUUAAUCCUCUGUGGAACUCACUCGUUAUCGGUGGAGUUAAAAAUGGGCAAAAAUAUCUUGGAAUGGUUGGCAUGAUUGGUACACAUUUUGAGGACAACCAUGUCGCCACUGGAUUUGGAAAUCAUCUUGCAAGGCCAAUAUUUCGUGAUGAAUGGCGUGAGGACAUGACAUUUGAAGAAGCUGUAAGGCUGCUGGAGAAGUGCUUGCGUGUACUUUUAUAUCGUGACAGAUCAGCUAUCAACAAGUUCCAGAUUGCAAAGAUCACAGAUGAAGGGGUGACCAUUUCUCAACCCUACUCCUUGAAGACCUUUUGGGGAUUCUCUGCCUUCAAAGAUCCAAGCAAGGGUGCUGAGGGAUCAUGGUAGAUGCUCUGUAUCAUGUGUCUCAACUAAACUUGAACCUCCCACAAAACUGAAUGUGUUGAAAGAGUACUGUACUUUUUAAGUUGUGCUGCAACUAUUUAAUUUGCGAAGGUGAGGGGACAUUGAAAAUGAUGCCGGAUAUUUUACCCCCAAGUGGUCUGCCCAAAAUCAUGUCAUUCAAGCUUAUGAGAGGUCAGCCAGCAGCAGUGCUGUGCUGCUUGAAAUGAUUUCCACAGUGGUAGCUUGUCCAGAAAGAACCAUUUUUAUUUGCCAUCGAUGGACAAUAAUUUCUUCGUCAUAA